AUGGCGGGAGACGCAGCACAAGCACAGACCGUCCUGCUCCUUCACGGGCCGCGGCAGGCAUAUCAGAUCACCAACGACUAUCCCGUGCCGCGGCUGGUCGAGGACGAUGAGACGCUCAUCAGGACGCACACCAUAGGGCUGAACCCGAUCGACUGGAAAGCGCCAGACUUCAACUUUGGCAUCGCAACACUGCCAUACAUCGCCGGCCGCGAACUCGCCGGCCGAGUCACAAAAACUCCCCGCCGCAACUCCCGCUUAAGAGAGGGCGACCGUGUCUUGGCCAUCUCGACAGACUACCGUGACCUCCGCAAGGCCGCAUAUCAAGAGUACUCCGUCUCGUCAGACUUCAACGUCGCGAGGAUACCGCCGUCCAUCUCCUUCCAGCAGGCCGCCGGCCUGGGCGUCGCCUUUUCCGCCGCCGCCAUCACCCUGGGCAUCUGCAUGGGCGUCGACUUUUCGUCCAUCCUCGACGGGCCGGACCUGCUGCAGCUCGUGCGCGGCGUCCCGCCGGAGAGCAUCCCGGAAGACGUCAGGGCCGAGUGCCUUCAGGGCAUCACGGACUCGGAAAGGGCUGUUCCAGGGGAUUGGGUAGCUGUCUGGGGAGGAUCCUCCACAUCGGCCAACAUCACCGUCCAGCUCGCCCGCCUCGCCGGCCUCAAAGUCAUCACCAUCGUCGACACGGCCAAGCACGGCCUCCGCAUCUCGGGCUGCUCCGCCCAGCGGCCCGACCUCCUCGUCGACAGCCACGACGCCGCCCGCGCCGUGGACAUCAUCAGCGCCAGCGUCGGCUCCCAGCUGCGCUUCGCCCUCGACACGCGCGGCCGCGAGUCCGCCACCAUCCUGCUGGACGCGCUGACGCGGCAGAAGCGGCUCGCCGAGGCGCCGCCGUCGCCGCCGGACACGCCGCGGGAGAGCAGGUCGCAGACGUCGCACCUCGUCGGGCUGACGGGGCUGCCAAAGGAGUCGCCGCCCGAGGGCAUCGCGUACCAUACCGUGCCCAUCAAGAUCUUCCACUCGGGGCUGCUCGCGCCGCCGCCUGUCAUAGGCGUGGAGAGCGGGUUUGACGGCGUGAAUAGGGGGCUGGAUAGGAUGAGGGCGGGUGAGAUUAGUGGAGGAAGGCUGGUCGUUGACAUAGUAUCUUAG